AUGUACUUCUUCAUUGACUUGUGUUCAUGUGCUCUUCUGCAGACUUAUCGAGAACAUCUGGAAGGACAGAAGCACAAGAAGAAAGAGGCUGCUCAGAAGAGCAGUAGUCAUGUGACUAAUGGACCUCGCGGUGUCCAGACGCAGCUGCGCUGUGAAUUGUGCGAUGUCUCGUGCACCGGCGCCGAUGCAUACGCCGCGCACAUCCGGGGAUCCAAGCACCAGAAGGUGGUGAAGUUGCACACCAAACUUGGCAAACCCAUCCCUUCCACGGAGCCCGUUUUCGUGAGCUCUGCCCCUUCUGCCGUGACGAUGACUACUAGCAAGACCGCAGCGACAACCACUCCCACCCCUACAUCGGUUGCGCCGAAGACGCCGGCGGCGACUCUUUCCAAACCCGUGGCGUCUCCUGCGAAGAAACCUGCCACUGCUAAAAUGGCCCUUAUCG